GUCGUUGCACGACGCGGAGUCGUCAGUUGUUUGACGAGUGUUAUCAACCGCGGUUUGUUUGUGCGUGCGGAGUCGCGUGCGGGUUCGUUCUCGCGCGCUUCCGUCCGUCGUAUUUCGCGUACGUUUCUCGCCCGCGAGCCCGACGACGAUCCUCGUUCGACGGAGGCGGCUCGCGCGACAAUCGGCACGUCGCGACCGCGUCUACGAGAUCGCAGGCCGUUCUCUCGAGCCCGUGUCUCGCGGCGGCCACCGCGGCUGUUGUCGUCCACGCCCGUUUCGCUCCGGUUUUCACGGGCCGCGAGUCGCGAGGUUCGCAUCUCGUCGCCGAUCGACGCUCCUCAAGAGGAAAGAAGGAACCGACGACGAGGCGAAGGUAGAAGCAGAAAGCGAGCGCGCGAGAAAGAGAGAGAGAGAGAGGCGAUGUAACGUCGUCGCGCUGUGACGUCACGCACGUCGGGUCGCGCUAAUCGAGUACACACACGCGCGCGCGAAUUCAAACACAGGCUGAGCGGACAGCGCGCGCGCGCGCGCUCUCCGUCCGUCCGUCGUCGUGUCAUCGUCGUUCCUCGCCGUCCCGUGUAUACAAACAUAUUUGUGUAUUUCAUCGACGAGAGAGAUAGAGCGCGUCUGUCGCGUGCGGCGAGAUAAAUCGGGACGAGAGAGAGGGAUAGAUAAGAAAGGGAGCACCAGCGAGAGGACGGAGAGAGACACGAAGCCGCGCGUACAUAUAUGCGCUCUCGCCGCGAGCGCCGAGUCGGGGGAAGGAGCGAGGAGGAGGAGGAGGAGGGGGCGGCGGCGGGAGGCGAGGCGCGCGCGCGGCGGGACGUUGCUUGCGCGUACUGUCCAGCAGCGCUCGCGAGGAGGAGGUUCGCGCCAGCCGUGGAGAGGAUGAGAAGAGCGGCGAGGCCGGCGGUCGCGACGCGCUAUUUCGCGACCGGAUAGACCCUUCGGAGAGGCUCGCGCGCGCCUCGCGACCGCGUCAUCCUCGUCGUCGACGACGGUGCGCUGACACGCGCGCGAAGGACACACGUGCGGAGUAUAAAGGAGCUCGGAGCGUCCAGCUCGCGUAUCCCGUGGCGCCCCGCUGUGUUUUUCUGCGGAAAGAUCGCGACCGAGGGAGAAGGAGAAGAAGAGGAGAGGAGAGCGAGCGGACACAUCGCCGCUCGUUUCUCGGAUAUUCCUCGCGCAGCUGGCGGUGCCGCUCGCUUCUGUGCGCGCGUCGCUUCCGUCCCUCGAGCGACUCGGCUUUUUCAGCGAGCAGACUCUGGAAAGGAAAAAAACGAGAGAGGGGAAGACACGGACGGACUAUCUCGACCUCAAACUACGAGACGCGCCGGUGGGGAGGAAGUGGCAUCGUCGUUUCGCGAAUAACAAAGUCGGCCGUACAUACAUAUAUAUAUAUAUACACAGUGUCGGCGAGCAACGCAGCGUUCGGCGCGAAUAUAAUGCACAGCGGCAGCGGCGCGCCGGAUCGCGCGCGGCGCCGCAAGAAAGCAGCGGCCGGGUUUCCACUCCGUUCCGUUUUUAUUCGCUCGUCGGACGGUCCGCUGCUCCGCUGAGAGUCAAGUUCGUCGCGCUCCGCUGUGCGCGCCGCCGCCGCGCGCUCUCGCGCGCAGCGCACACCGUCAGCUCGGCGCUUUCGAUUGUGCGUCGCCGCAUCGCGGCUCGUCGUGGGCUCUCCAUCCGUCUACCUGCCCCCGCCUCCCCCCUGACGUCUCCGCUCGAGUGACGUGCGCCGAGGGAGCGACAGAGACCGCGGAUAAAGGAUCGAGUCCGCUCACGACCUACCCGACGCAAAAAACCGUUGAACUUGGUGGACUUGAAAAAUAAAAACUGCAGAAGGAUCAACAGGAUCCUUAGCGACGGGAAGAAACUCCGGUUCAAGCAAGAUCCUACUCGAGGAAGAUCCUGUGGAGCUUUCGGCGGCAGGAAGAGUUUGAAGUAAAAAACGACCUCGCUCUCAAGCUCUCGAGGAGAGAUCGAAAACAUCGGAAAUAAUCUGUCGAGAGGGGAAGAAGAGAAUCGAAGAGAGGCCCGGCUCUUCGGGGAAGAGACACUCCCACUGCUCGUGCUACGGACCCACCCUGACGACGUGUACGCGUCUCGAUAGAGAGAUCACGUCCAUCAUCGAUCACGCCAUCGCUCUCGGUUGAGCCGAGGCCGCUCGAAAUUCUGUCGUGAUCGUGAGCCGAUUCGUGCAAGGCAACGUUUCUCGCCUGCACCUGCCCGUCUGUGUAUCCUUCGGAGUGCAAGAGAGAGAGAGAGAGAGAGAGAAGAAGGAGGUGGGAGAGAGAGAGGAGAAAAAAGACGGCGUGCUCGACAGUGGCACGGGCUAUAUCGAAUGUCGUCGAGCUUGGGAAGACGACUGGGAAUCAUCGGCGGAAGGAUGAUGCAGCUUCCAACUCAUCACCGGAUGUCACCGUCGAGCUCUGUCGGCUAAUCGGCGAUUAAUCGAGAACGAUAGCCACUCGCGCGUGUACAACUUCCGAGGUACCUCUGAAGAUACUUUCGGGACACCGUGUGUGUUGUACGAUAUACGAACCAACGUGUGAAUUCGAACCUCGCUUUUCUCUCUCGUUGGGCUUUUUUCCUUUUCUUUUUUUACUUGAAUCGCGACCAAGAGUGUUGAUUUCUGUGAUACUGGUGCCGCGAGUGAUGGUUAACGACCUCGCUUAGUGGUGAUAUCGACAGUGUGGUGGUGAAAAGUUUUUCUUGGUGCGCGAGAGCAGUGGUCACACCAGAAGAGGACGAGGAAGAGAGGGGAAGAAAGUCUCUCGCGUGUACGCGUGACUCUCAAUUCAUUACCACGGAUCUCCCUCGGCAAUUCGACGCCGCGCCCACCCUUGAUGAGAGGAGGCACAUGUCCAUUGCUGCCGCUGAAAAUGCAGGGCCUGGCCCGUAUGAAUUGCAAGACCCGUUGUGGGUCAAAAUGAGUGCGAUUACUGGCGGCAUUACCAAGAAAAGAAAGAAAUCAGAUGCGAAGCCUCAGUCGCAGAUUAACAAGUGCCUUAACGAAAAAAGACGACGGACCCAAGAGAACUUAUAUAUCGAUGAGCUUGCCGAGCUGAUUUCCGCCACGGACAUGAGCUCUGGCAAGACUGACAAAUGUCAGAUCCUUCAGAGAACCGUCGAUCAGAUUCGGCACUUUAGGCAACAAGAAGGCUCCAAUAGUCAUGCCGUACAACAGGGGGAAGUGUCUUCGUCGAAUCCUAACAUACUGUCCAACGAUCAAGUUGGCCCUAUCUUACUCGAGGCACUAGACGGCUUUCUAUUUGUUGUAAAUACGGAGGGCCGCGUGGAGUACGUUACGGAGAACAUAACGCAGUACAUAAAUUACACGAAGGACGAUGUACUCGGAAAGGAUAUUUACAAUAUUAUUCAUCAUGGGGAUCACAACACCUUUAUGCCUAGUUUGUUGCCUUCGUUAGGCUGGACCAACGAGCCGCAACCUCAGACCAGGAACCGCACUUUCAAUUGCCGCUUCUUGGUGAAGCCUCCCGAUGAUAAGGACGAGACUAUGGAAGAGAAGCAACAGCGAAUAUCGAAGUACGAGUCUAUGCAAAUCUGUUCUGCUCUUCUGCCCAGUAACACCGAUCGUCUGGAGACCGUUGAUGUGUCCUCCGAGUCGUCAGACAUUGGUCCUUGCGUGAUGUGCGUAGCGCGUAGAAUACCGCCAAACGAGAAGCCUAUUGGUACUUCUGUUGAACAAUUCACCGUCAAAUUGGAUACCACUGGGAAGAUUAUUGCGAUUGACGUCAGUUGGUUAUCCCCUGCUUACUCCAAGUACCUAAGCAAGGUAAGGGACCUGAUAGGCACAACGAUUAAGGAUUUGUGCCACCCCCAUGAUCUCAGUACGCUCACGAAACAUUUGAACGAUACGUUUCAACUCGGUGAAAGUACGAGCGAUGUUUACCGAUUGCGCGUUACUCCUGAUAAGUUCCUUAAGAUUCAAACAAAGUCAAAAUUUUUCAAAGCAAGUGUGAUGAAUGUGCACGAUAGCGGCGAUUUCAUGAUGGCUACUAAUUCCAUCAUCGGGGACAAUGACUUAAUGCCUAUCGAGAGUGGUCAGCUUUCCAACAACAAAGUGUGCUCAGGACACCCUAGUAACCGUUGUGCGAAUAAUAGUAAUAAUAAUAACGGUAACAAUAACAAUAACGUGGGUGGUCCGCUGAUGCCCGUCGCGCAUCUGAACGGUCAAGUGAGUGGUAUUAGUGCUCGUGGUAUGACGGUUUCGCACGCCGCCACAUCGUCGAACUCGAUCGCCUUUAACACGGGAGAUGGUACCGGCGGCGGCAAUGCCAGCGGUGGUGGCAGUGAUUCAUGCAAUCCUCUGACGUCGCUGAGCACAUCGGGCGGCAAUCCGUUCAAUCAUUUUUCGGGAAACAUGGACUUGGAAUUCGAGCUUUUCCCUAGUUCCACAGCUUGGGAUUUGGAUAGUAGUGCUGGAUGGGUAGAUAGACCGGAAUCGAGAGCAAGUGGGCCUUCGAACUCACGACCGUCUUCCCAGCCGGCUCCGACAUCACCGAGUCCACAAGGAACUUUCACCAACUCGGCAGCAGUGAUAUCUCACUGUAGUCCUCUACGAGCGUUCAGUCCGACCUCGGUCAGUACUGUUCAUGCCUUCAGUAAUUCGUUCCCCUUCAGUCCUCUUCAAGAGACCACGCAAACGUCCACGUUGAGCAAUGCCGCCAGCAGUAUCAGCACCAAUGGUGGCAGUGGUAUCGGCAGUAACACCGCUACGACGACUAUCAAGCGAACAGAAGAGAGUAACAAGAGCGGAUGUCCUACUAGUAACAGUGGUGGUACCAUGGACAACACGACGGCGAGGACUAGCGGCGCCGUCGAGACCCAGAAUAACAGUACCAUAUCUACCGAAUCUGGUAGACUGCGAAACUUGUUGAUCAAAGGGCCGAGUGCUAGCGAAGACAGCCAGGAUAAUACGAAUAAUGAUUCGGAUAAUCAGAACAAUAACAGAAUACUGAAAAAUUUGUUGAACCAGCCAGACGAAGACGACUAUCAUUCGGAGCAUAAAGUGCGUACGAGUCCUAGCAACAUGCCAAAGCCUAGCAUGGAGCACUCCAAGUCGUCACUCGGAAACAAUAUGCUAUUGCAGUUACUAAACGAAAAAAAUGAUGACGAGGACGAGGAGACACGUGCUGGAAUGAAGAAAAGAAAUGAACUCCUGCAGCAAUUGAUGAAAGACCAAGACGAAGAAAGAAAGUUACAGGAACAACAGAAUCGGGAAGACGAUUCUCUCUUGCGGAGUCUUGGAUUUCGGAAUACUACGCCGUCGCCAUCGCAAUCGAGUGAUCACGUGGCUCUUAGCAGCGCGACUCAGGUAGGCCAGAAGAGACCAGGAGAGGACGGCGAUUUGAAUGUGGCUGUGAAACGACCUGUGGACGGCUCGCAUCAAGUAUCUUCUUCAGGAACGAGCUCCUCGAGUAACGCGACGAGCAAGAGUCUUCUUUGGGAGAAGAACAAGAUGCUGGCAUCUUUGUUAGCGAAAAAUCCGCCGCAAACAACGAACGUACCAACGAAGCUGCCCGCAUCUGUGAUAUCAGCAACGCCGCAGGACAAACUGCCUCGUUUGACAAAACAACAACAGCAGCAACAACAGCAGCAGCAGCAGCAACAACAACAACAACAACAACAACAACAACAGCCACAACAACAACAGCCUUGGACUGGUGGCAGUAUGCAAGUUGGUAGUGGUAAUAACACGAUUACGACAACUGCGACGUCGGCGCGUCCUCUUCAAAGUCAGUCGAGACAACUACCUCGUCAAUCAGCCAAUACCUACCUCAGUCAUAUACUAAGUCAACAACAAAGCAGGCCCCAAAUGGGACCAACUGAGUCCGAAUUUCCAGGUAGUGGAGAGUACCGUCAAACUAGCACCGAUCCAACUACUUGGGAUAAUCAGUCAUCAGAUCCGGAUCUUUCCGAAAUUUUAGAUCAAGUGAUAGAUUUUGUCCCGGAUGAACCUAAUGCGGAUACGUCUCCGAUAGCGAAUCUCCUAAAUCCCCUUAUCGAAGCGCCUCAGAACGUUCUGAACGAGAAAAUGGCAAUUAACGCUAUCCAGAAGUCGUUGAUGUUAUGCGAGACUGCCGUGAAUCCAACGUCUUCCACCAUAACUAUGCCUGGUACUCCACCAGCCUAUUCCACUGCGUUGGGUACUGCGCCUGUGACAACUAGUCACAGUUACCAACCACCUCCAAUGUACCAACAGUCCAGAAUCAGGUUCACUCAGCCAGGCGUUAGACAGACCAGUCAAUUUACGCAACAACAAUUGCAAUUACAACAACAACAACAACGUUCGAAGCAGCAUCUUCUGCAGCAGCACCAGCAGCAGCAACAUCAACAGGAGCAAAUGAAACAACGAUUAUUGCAACAACAAAAACAGCAGCAAAUGGUUAUCCCGUCGAACGCCACCGCGACGGAUCAAAUCAAUAGCAGUAUUCAUAACAUCGAUAAUCUUCUGAACAAUACUGUUGCACCACCAAAUGUAUCGUUGCAGCGAUCGAGUGUCCCAGAUUCGCAAAUCUCUCCAGGAUAUGGGGGAUCCGUCCAGAUGGCUUCUACUCAUCGACUCGCUCACUCGUAUUCCCAUCCGUCAACGAUGCCGCAACAUCCCAUUGUGAAUAACAACUUCAACAGUGGGCAACAAGUGUCCGCCCCAGCGAGACUCUCGCCGCAUUCUCCAGCCGGUAUACUGCCGUUCUCUCAUCCACAACCACUAUCGCCACGGGUGACGCAAGGCAAUUAUGGCAACACACCGAGAUUAUUCAAUCAGGUGAGGCCGCAGCAGCAGGUCACAGCGCAACAACAGUUGCAGCAGCAGCAGCGAUCGAUGCCAUCGCCGGGAACGCCAGCAUCUGCGCGGCAAUCGCCGUUUCCUACCGAAACGUUUCCUCCACCGACGUCCCCCACGGCCAGUCAGUUUACACCGGGUCCUACAACCGGUGCGCCCAACCCGUCAGCUCAGUAUCGGCUGCAACGAGCCACGUCCACGCCUUCUGCUACAACUCAAUUGCCAGGUGGAAUCGGCUCGCCUCGGCACUACGGCGGAAUAAGUAAGGAACCGCUUCUUUCACCUAGUCAUUCACACUCGGCUUGCCCGGCAACACCUACUCACAAUCAACACACCAAUACACAACACUUCUCCAGUCAACAACAUACCCCAUUGCUAUACCAACAACACACCAACGCCAACACUCUCAACACGGCAGACAUGCAGAACAGUCAGUUCUGUUACGAUCGCUCGUCAGUCCCGCUCUAUCCGUCUGGCGGGGAGGCGCAGGAUGCCAGGUCACUGCCUCCCGGUAAUCCUGUCAAUCACCAACUGGGUGGUAAUGCCAGCACCUCGGAAUUUGUGCGGCAAGAAUUGCGGGCAAUUGUCGGUGCGCGAACGCAACAGCAGCAGCAGCAACAGAGAGUGCCGAACAACCUACAGAACAAUCUUUCUGGUCAAGUUUCUCAGGAUGAUCUUGAAGCACUUGGUCUGACGUUCGAGAUGUCUUCUGCAGGUGAGGCUGUGGUUAGCGAUGGCCCCGCCAAGAGUUGGGCCAUUGGGAGCGCCGGAAGUGCCCCCUCGUCCUCCAGGACUACUAUGGAGGAGGUGGCACGAGGUGAUUCAAAGUCGUCGUUGCUGCAGAAGCUACUGUCCGAGUGACUGCAGGCCACCAUCCCGUCAUGCAGUAAAAGAUUAUAUGUAAUAUAUGUUUGAGUGUGUGCGGAGAUCGAAACGGAGAUGUAGAACGUAAAAACGUGGAAGAGUGCGAGAGAAAGGGCGAGAGAGAGAGAGAGAGAGAGAGAGAGAG